GGAGCGUACCUGGAGCUCGGCAAGCUCCGAGGCCGCGAUAAGCCGAUAAGACCCGCCAACAAAAUAAAAGCGUUCCCCGCAUUGGAUCAAACCACACCACUAAAACCAACCCACACUCGCAAACAACAACACCAACAACCCCUAGCACAAACAAACAAAAAGAACACCAAGAGAGAGAGAAAGAAAGACCACAAUGGAAGGACUCACUCCAACCCAACUAGCCUCCUUCCAAGAAAAAGGCUACCUAGUCCUCCCCGACCACCUAACGCCCUCCGAGAUCAGCUCCCUCCUCACAGAAACGCAGCACCUGCUCGACACCUUCCCACUGGACACGCACCCGCUGACGCAAUUCACGACCGGCGACGACCUCGACGAUAACAAACCGCACGUCGGCGACGACUACUUCCUGACGUCGGGCGACAAAAUCCGCUUCUUCUUCGAGCCCGACGCCUUCUCCGCAUCCCCCGACCCAGCCACCGGCAAACCCGCCCUCCUGAAGCCGAAACAGCAAGCGGUGAACAAGAUCGGACACUCGCUGCACAGUCUGUCGGCGCCGUUCCGGGCCGUGUCGCUGUCGGAGCGCAACGCAGCGAUCGCGCGGUCGUUGGGGUUCAAGGACCCCCGCGUGCUGCAGAGUAUGGUGAUAUGCAAGCAGCCGGGGAUUGGGGGCGCGGUGCCGCCGCAUCGGGACUCGGAGUUUCUGUAUACGGAUCCGCCGUCGGCGGUGGGGUGGUGGUUUGCGUUGCAGGAUGCUGGGCCUGGGAAUGCGACGCUCGGGAUGUAUCCCGGUUCGCAUCGCGGGAGGGCUGGGGGGAAGGUGCGGCGGAGGUUUGUGAGGAGGUCGAAUGAUGAGGGAGUGGUGGUGGGGACGGAGUUUGUGGAGGAUGAUGGGCCUGGGUUGCCGAGGGGCAUGGAGGAAGAGGUAGUGGAGGGGGAGGGGCCCAAGGAGGAGGAUGUGGAGGUUUUGGAGGUGAAGGCUGGGUCGCUGGUGUUGAUUCAUGGCAAUGUUUUGCAUAAGAGUGAGAAGAACACUAGUGAUCGGAGUCGGUUUGCGUAUACGUUUCAUGUUAUUGAGGGUGCGGAUGGGUGGAAGUAUGAUGAGAGGAAUUGGUUGCAGCCCCCCGAGGAUGGGCAGGGAUUUUCGAAGUUGUAUCAAUGAUUGAUCGAUCGUUACGGGUUGGUUGGGUCUGUGUUUGUAUGCAGCUUUAUGUGAUGGACGUCAAUAUCAUCAAUUGCGCUAGUUACAUCUAUAUUGCCA